UAUCUUAUUGAUGGUGAACGUGAGGCUGAACAGGCCUUAAAAAAACAUUGGCUAGGAGAAGUCAUCGAUUAUGCGCUACGAAGGCGAGCAGAAUCUGAGCUUGUACAAGUGCAAUCUAUUAUAAAAUUGUUGCGAGAGAUGGCACCGAAUCUUAUCAAUUUUGAAACCUUUCUAAAAGAGUACCGUCGUAAAAUACAAGAUGUUAUCAAAGAAGUUAAGAGUGUUCCAAAAAAACCAAGUGCUGAAGAUAUUAAAUAUUUGAAAAAAGCUGUCUCUAAUAAUGUGUAUCUGAAAAAAAUAAGAAUUUGGUCAUCAGAUAUGGUCAAUGCCAUUGCGUUCCUUUAUUCUGACGACACAUCUGAUAUAUACGGUACACCAGGUGAUGGAGAUUCUUAUGAUUUUGAAUGGCGUAAAGACGAAAAAAUUCAACAUAUUCUUAUACGAACUGGAUCAGUAUUACACCAAGAUCACGAAUGA